AUGGCUGGGGUCUUCACCGGCGCCCUUGUGGCAAUCCUCUUCUCCAUGCUUGUCAACCGUUCGGCGGCCAAUUACUACGGCGCCCAGGCCUCCCCCGCUAGAUCCUACAGCUCUGCCUGGCUCCCCGCAAAGGCCACCUGGUACGGCGCCCCUACCGGCGCCGGCCCCGCAAACGGCGGUGGUGCAUGCGCCUACUCGAACAAUAAUCUGUACCCGAUUUUGUCGAUGAACGCAUGCGGCAACCAGCCCCUGUUCAUGGACGGCGCUGGCUGCGGCACCUGCUACGAGAUAAAAUGCGACUACAAGAACAACCGUGCCUGCUCCGGCCAGCCCAAGAGGGUGACGAUCACUGACAUGAACUACAACAACAUCGCCCAGUACUACUUUGACCUCAGCGGCACGGCGUUCGGCGCCAUGGCAAAGUACGGCCAGAACGAAAACCUCCGCCGCGCCGGCAUCCUCGACAUCCAGUUCAGGAGGGUGCCUUGCAAUUACCAGGGGAUGAACAUCAACUUCCGGGUGGAGCGUGGCUCGAACAAUAACUACCUGGCGGUGCUCGUCCAGCACGCGAACAAGGACGGGAACGUGGUGCAGGUGGACCUCAAGGACUCCGGGUCGUAUGGCUCCUGGACGCCGAUGAAGCGGUCGUGGGGUGCCAUCUGGAGGAUGGACACAGGGCGCCCGCUGAAGGCCCCCUUCUCCUUCCGCAUGCGCAGCGAGUUCGGGGCCACGAAGGUGGCCUACCAGGUCAUUCCGGUCAACUGGAAGGGCGGCAACAACUACUGGUCCAACGUUCAGUACUAAUAUUACUGCGAUUAAGGCAGAUCGGUCAUUUUCCUGGUGUUGCACGUGUGAUUGGAAAUACACAGUACAAUGUUUUAUUUUUAUAUUUUCGGUAUAAGUUUUUACUUUUGCAGGGGAUGAGUACAUAUAUAGUUGUUAUCCGAAAAAAAAAGUACAUAUAUACUCCUUCCGUUCCUAAUUAAUUGGCGCCGGCCAUUUUGCAAAAAAAACCCUGUUAAUUUUGUAAAUCAACAUGCAGUUCACAUAUUCAAUUGAAAAUGGACUGCGCUUUGAUUUCGAAAAACUACAGUUUUUUUUUGAAAAAGUUCUCGUAUAACGUGGGCUGGAGCUCGAUUUCAAGAAAUAGCAAGUUUUUUUUACAAAACUUCCGGCGCCAAUUAAUUCGGUACAGAGGGACUUGUUGUUGUUGUUGUGGGUCUU